UAGAUCUUCUCAGAAUUUGUAAUGCUUUAUGUUUGUAGUCUUUGAGAUAAACAAUUAAAUUGCUUUUAAUUAUUAACUUAAAGAUCAUCAACAAAAUAUUAUCUCAGACAUUUCUUACUUCUCUCCAAAGGAAGUAAGAAAUACAAGUUUGAGGUUGUCGUGUAAUCGGAAUAGCUUCCUCUGAAAUUGAAAGUAGAAAAUCUGUGAAGGUGGUGAAGGGUUGAUGGAGAUGUUCUUCUGUAGCAGCCAUUUUCCUCAACCUUCUCAAAACCCUUCGAAUCUGCUCCUUCUUUCUGGUCCUCCUUCUUCUGGGAAAACUUCUCUGCUUUUUCAAUUUGCAUUCAAUGUAGCACUUCACUCCCACAACGUCAUCUUCAUUUCCAACCGCCAAAGAUUGGAUUCCAAACCCCCUUUUCUUUCGCAGGGAAUUGAUCCAUCUUCUCAUGUCUUCCACCGUAUACAGAUGAAGUACGUGAAUGAUGAUGAAGACAUCAGGAAGUACUUUGCUGCCUUCCACCUGUAUGAUAAAUUGCCUGCAGCAGUUCUUAUCGAUGAUUUUGGCGAUUUCUUUGACGACAAGAUCUGCCAACAACGAUAUUGUAAUCCCCGCGGACGAGACAUGGCCAUGGUCAAAACUCUAGCCUUAUGCCACAAUGCAAUUACUUUUGCAAAUCAAAAGGGGUCUUGCAAGGUUCUCUUGUCGGAUACUCAUACUCACCAGAGAGACUCUCCAAGGUUUCACUUCAUCUAUAAGAAAUGGAUACAAACCACUUUUACUAUCCAAGAAGGGGAUGUAUCUGGAUCAUUUAUUCUGAAAGAUAAGAGUCAUUCACCAACUGAGCAUAACACAGCUGUGAUCAAAGCUGCAAAGUACUCCAUAGCUCUUCAAUAUCUGGUUUUUGAAGGAAUUGUUGAAGAUGAAGUACAAUAGAUAAGUUACCUUCCCCCCACUUGGAACCCAUUGAUACAUGUAACCAUGUCGUAUAUUCUCUUGGAACAUUUAACAAUCAUAAUAUAAUAUAACAAACCUAUGAGGCCUAAAAAUCAGGAUUUAAAAUCAGAAUAUAAGAUAACAAACCUACGAGGCCUACGUAGACCAAAAAUGGUAUAGUAUUGGUGUGGUGCUUGUAUUUGAUGGUUAUAAACUAUGAUAGUUGUCGAGAUUUGUAUCAAAGGAUUAUGCGUCAGUUUUCUUUUGCUUUAAUUUACUUUUAUUCAAUGCUAUGUUUUUUGUA